AUGGCGCACCUGCCGAGCGGUGGACUGCUCCUUCUGGUGGCUGUGGUCGCCUUACUGACCGGCGCCGCGCUCGGUGUCACCGAAGACCCCUGUCCAGAGACCACCGGCCUGCGCCAGUCACCCGUCGACCUGAACCUGUGCGCCGACACGCGUCAGCCGGCCCAGGAGCCGCUCAAGGUGUCCAACUUUGACCAGACGCCGGCGACGAUGACGCUGACCAACACUGGUAAACAAGUGUUUGCUGACAUCACGUGGGCGGUGGGCAGCCGGCAGCUGCCGCAGAUCAGCGGCGGCCAGCUCCCGGGCGUGUUCGUGCCUCUCGGCUUCAUCCUGCACUGGGGCGCCCACCUCACCUCGGGGUCUGAGCACAGCGUCAACGGCCGCUUCUUCCCAGCCGAGCUGUACCUGCUCUGCCGCAACAUCCUCUACACCAGCAACGAAGAGGCUCACCAGAACAUCGACGGUCUCGCCGGCAUUACUGUCUUCUUCGAGCACCGCGACCUCAAGAUCUUCCGACGGCGCGGCCUCGCCAUGCUGGCUCCCGAGCUGGCGAGCAUCCGAAACGCAUCUUCCAGCGUGCGGGUGGCUGCGCCGCCGAGUCUCCGCAGUCUGCUACCCUGGAGCCUGCAGCGCUUCGUGACCUACCGCGGCUCGGCCACGGCGCUGCCGCCGUGCCCCGAGUCGGUGACCUGGGUGUCGCUGCUGACCCCGGUGCCGGUACUGGCCAUCGAGCUGCAGCAGCUGCGCCAGCUGGAGGACGCCGAGGGAAGGCCUCUGGAGAGCAGCGUGCGCCGGCCGCAGUUCCCCCUGAACGGGCGCACCCUCUACACCAAGGGAGUGACGCCCAUCUGCGUUUGAGCGUGACGCACAUCCAUACUCUGUGUCAGAGCGUGGCGCCAAUAUGUGUGUGAACGUGAUAAGAUAAUAACACCGGAAAAUAA